UUAUCCUGCAUAUUAUUCAUACAAAACUGUGAAGACAAAAAACGUGAAGGAGUAUUAUUCUACAGCUUGCAUGUAGAGAUUCGCAAGCCUGCCCUAGCUGCCUGUCGUUUGUGUCUUCCAAAAAAAUGCUCUGGAAAACAUGCACACAGUUCGCUGGAUGAUGUACUGGAUUGUUUUCGCUCUGUACACAGUGAUUGAAACAAUAGCAGAUCACACAGUUGCCUGGUUUCCCUUGUACUAUGAGCUGAAGAUUGCUUUUGUCUUAUGGCUACUCUGCCCUCAUACCAAAGGAGCAAGUUUAAUAUAUAAAAAGUUCCUUCAUCCACUUCUUUCUUCAAAAGAAAGGGAAAUUGAUGAUUACAUUGUACAAGCCAAGGAGCGAGGCUAUGAGACUAUGGUAAACUUUGGGCGACAAGGUCUAAACUUAGCAGCUACUGCUGCUGUCACCGCAGCAGUGAAGGGCCAAGGAGCAAUAACUGAGCGCUUAAGAAGUUUCAGUAUGCAUGACUUAACAGCCAUCCAGGGCGAUGAGCCCGUGGGACAGAGACCUUACCAGCCUUUACCAGAAGCAAAAAAGAAAAGCAAGCCAACCUCCAGUCAGUCAGCAGCUUAUGGAACCUCACUGCAAGACGGGGAUGACAAAACGGAUGAGGAAGCGGACAGGCCGUUCUCAGAUGAUGAGAUGGUGACACACAGGGGCUUGCGAAGAUCACAGAGCAUGAAGUCUGUGAAAACCGUCAAAGGCCGGAAGGAGGUGCGGUAUGGCUCACUGAAGUACAAAGUGAAGAAACGGCCCCAGGUGUACUUUUAGUCGUCCAGCUCCCAGUGUCGCAGGACAAGGAAUGCUAAUAAACCAACUUCAUCUUCUAACUUGUUACCUUCAGGAUUUACAUAUUACAAUGAUUCCUUACAUUGUGACAGUGAUAAGAUUUAGUUUCAUGAAUUUAAAUACUUGUAUUUCUUUGACAGUUAGUUUUGAAUGUUGACUAAUAAAGGUGAUCAUAAGGGCAUAUUAACUUCCAUACCCACAAUUACGGAAAAUCAUGUUACACAGACCCCCCUAUACUUGAAGAGACUCUUGGGGCUCAGCUCUGUCGGCCUCUGAGGUGUCACAGUGCUGCAUCCGGCCACGUGAGAGCAGUAGCUGAGCCCCUGGUCAGCCUGGCCUCACAAGGUCAUGCAGUGAGGUGGGAAAGUAUGUUAUUCUGCACAGUUUUACUUUUAUAAUACUUUCCACUUUUUUCACCUUUAACGGAAAGAUUUUUAAACACAUAUUUGAAAAGCUGGUGCUCACCUAGCACUUUCUAACUAGUUUUGCACACUUGGAAGUUGUCUACUUAUCUCACACCUGAACUUUGCCUUUCCAUUUUAUUGACACUGUAUUGUCAUAUUCUGACAUGUCGAAUUUAUGCCUUGAAAACAUCUCCUUUCUUGUGAUUUCAUUUGUUAAAUUUAUUGGAUUUAUAUACAGCUAAUUAUUCCAUUUUAACUUAUCAACUCAGCUUCUUU